AUGGGUUGCGAAAGCGGGCUGAGGAGCAGGCGUGGCGGCGCGGUGGGGCGUCCGCUGCGGCCGCGUUCUCUGGCCGGCGGUCUGCCCGUCCGCUGCCGCGGCCCCAGUUGUCCACAGAUCGCCGCGCAGAGCGCAAUGGACCGCACCGCCCCGCUGCUGUCUCUGCUGCUGCCUCUGCUGCUGCUUGCUGCUUCCGCAGAGGGCGCGCCCCGGCGCGCAUCGCGCAACUUCGACGGCGCUGCGCGCUGCUUGCUCGACUGCCAGGAGCACUGGAGAGUUUGCGCCAAACGCUGCUUGCCGCCACAGCCGCCGACCAACUUGACCAUUCUCGAAGGUGCGGCCCGCUCAGGAGCGCUGUCCCCGCGUCUUCUGCGGCGCGUGUGCCGCGGAGAGGACCUGCUGCGCGUCGCGUGGGACCCUCCCCCAGCACAGCUGCCAGCCCCGGACCUCUACCUGGCGCAGGCCACCGACGACCGCAGCCGCCGCGCCACGGCCAACUGGACGCGACACGGGGACGUAAUACUGGACAUGCUGAGUCCGGGCCGCGACUACGUCAUCACACUGCGGCCGCUCUGGCUGGAGCCCGCUGUCGCCCGCCUCGCCAGCGACGACUCAGACACUGACGGCGCUUCCGAUGCUACGGUGGCCGUCAUCAGAGACGCAACGCUGCCCGCGAAGCACAACGUGUCGGGCGUGGUGGACGUGCGCACACGUGUGAUAGCGCGACCGGACGGCACCGUCGGCGCCUUCGUCUCCUGGCUGCCUGGUGAAGACGCGACCUGUUUCAGCGACAUCUGGCGAGCGCCGCCGGAGGACGUCAGGGUACAUCGUGCCCACGAGCCGCUGUACCUGCCAGAGGAUCAGAGAGGAGGCGGCGCCUGGCUGUCGUACAGGCUGGAUGGCCUGUCCUUCGACACUAGGUACGAGCUGCGGGUGAUUCCUCGCGACCGCAACGAGACACGCGAGGGACCCGACCGCCUUGCGGAACUUACCGUCCCUCCGUGUGCAGACAUCUUUCCAGGCAACACUGAAAUUUGUGGCGACAGCGGCACGACCACUCCAGAAGUCACUCCUUUCAUGACUGGCGGCUACCCAGCCCUCAAUGCACCAUUUCCUGACGACAGUCCGGAGCUGCCGCCAUCUCUUUCUGCGAGAAGAGCUACUGCCGAAUCGCUGCACACGACACAGCUUAUCAGACUGAAGCGGACGCUCCUGACGCGGCGUGACGAAUCCGCAGGGGCGGCGCCCGCGGUGGGCGGCGCUGGAGGCGCGCUGACAGAGCGCGGGAUGCCGCCGCUGCCGUCGCCCUCGCCGUACGCGCUGGCGGCCGCUGCCCUCGCAGCGCUGGCCAUGGGCGGCGCGGGGGCGGCGUUCACAGCACGCUGCCUCUCCCGCAGGGUUCGACGGAGACGCGCCAAGCUCUGCUUCCAGGUAAUGCAGCCUCACCCCACUCUCUCCCUGCAACUAAUCACUACUUAUCUUCCACAUCUGCUUACGUGCUGA